AAUUUUUCCUUCUUUUAAGUUUGUAGUUUUUGAUUUUAAUUCUCAAAUUCUCAAGCAUUUUCUUCACCUUUCUGUGUGGCGCUGGGUCUGUUCGGUUUCCGGAGGAGGAAAAAAAAAAGAGGAAAAAAAGAGAAAAACCUAAAAUAGGAGAAGAACAUAGAAGAAGUUGAAUUUUGGUUUUUCAUUUGCGUAUUCUGUGUGGAAGGUCGUGUAAGAGAAGAAGAGAAGAGAAUCACAUAUUCCUUCUAUACUUUCCUCCUUAUUCAUCUUCAUUUUAUCCCUUUCCUUUCUUCUUCUUCUUCCUUCUCCGACUUGUUUAUGCUUCAGACUUUCUGCUAAUUCAGCCACUUCACGAUCUUUCACCUCACACCCUUUAAUGUAUUUUGGAUAUUGGGAGGUGAUCUGGGCAGAGGAAUUUCGAUUCUAAUCUGAGUUCGAAGCAUGAUUUUCUGUUGAAGACGGAGGAGUUUCUUGUUGGAGAUGAAGAGGUCCAGAGACGACGUUUAUAUGGGCUCUCAACUUAAACGACCUGCGAUUUCCACUCGUGCAGAAGCGUCUACACAACCCCAAAUGGCGGGAGGAGGUAGUACCCAGAAAUUAACCACUAAUGACGCCCUAGUAUAUCUCAAGAGAGUGAAGGACAUAUUUCAAGACAAGAGACAACAGUAUGAAGACUUCCUUGAAGUUAUGAAAGAUUUCAAGGCCCAAAGAAUUGAUACUGCGGGAGUCAUUGCAAGAGUAAAAGAUUUGUUUAAAGGCCAUCGAGAUCUCAUUUUGGGCUUCAAUACUUUCUUGCCCAAAGGAUAUGAGAUCACUCUCCCACUGGAGGAUGAUCAGCCUACACAAAAGAAACCUGUUGAGUUUGAAGAAGCUAUCAAUUUUGUGAACAAGAUAAAGACACGAUUUCAAGGCGAUGAUCAUGUUUAUAAAUCAUUUCUAGACAUUUUAAAUAUGUACAGAAAGGAAAACAAGUCCAUCACUGAGGUCUACCAGGAGGUUGCUGCACUUUUCCAAGAACACCCAGACUUGCUUGUUGAGUUUACUCAUUUUCUUCCAGAUUCUUCAGCCACGGGAUCUGUUCACUACAGUUCUGGAAGGGGUUUAAUGCUUCGUGAUAGGCAUUCUGCCAUGCCCAGUAUGCGGCAAAUGCAAGUUGACCGGAAAGACCGAACUAUUGUGUCCCAUGCCGAACGUGACCUCAGUGUUGACCGUCCGGAACCAGACCAUGAUAGGGCCCUAAUGAAAAUGGACAAAGAUCAACGUAGGCGUGGUGAUAAGGAAAAGGAAAGAAGAGACGAUAGAGAUAGGAGAGAACAUGAUCGGGAUAGGGUUGACAGAGAAUACGAGCAUGAUGGAAGGAGGGAUUUUAACAUGCAUCGGUUUUCCCACAAGAGGAAAUCUGCACGUAGGAUUGACGACUCGUCUGUAGAGCAAUUGCAUCCAGGUGGAGAAGGUGAUGAAAAUUUUGGCGUACAUCCCAUCUCUUCUUAUGAUGAUAAAAAUUCUGCAAAGAGUUUAUACAGCCAGGAGUUUGCUUUCUGUGAAAGAGUCAAAGAGAAGUUGCGGAAUGCUGAAGAUUACCAGGAAUUUUUGAAAUGCCUCCAUAUCUAUAGCAAAGAGAUAAUUACCAGAGCAGAACUUCAAUGUUUGAUGGGUGAUUUACUUGGAAGAUAUUCUGAUCUUAUGGAUGGUUUCAAUGAAUUUUUGACACGAUGCGAGAGGAAUGAUGGAUUUCUUGCUGGUGUCAUGAGUAGAAAGUCAUUAUGGAAUGAAGGAAGUUUGCCUAGAACAGUACAAGUGGAGGAUAGGGACAGAGAUAGAGACCGUGACCGUGAGAAAGAGGAUAUUUCUAAAGAUAGAGAUCGUGAAAAUCGAGAUAGAGAUAGACUUGAAAAGACCACUGCAUUUGGAAGUAAAGAUAUUGCAGGUCACAGGAUGUCUGUAUUUUCUAGCAAAGACAAGUAUUUGGCAAAGCCAAUAAAUGAACUUGAUCUAUCCAACUGUGAACGUUGCACUCCCAGUUACCGCCUUCUGCCAAAAAAUUAUCCAAUACCUUCAGCCAGCCAAAGAACAGAUCUUGGUGAUCAAGUGUUGAAUGAUCACUGGGUAUCUGUCACUUCAGGAAGUGAGGAUUACUCCUUUAAACAUAUGCGCAAAAACCAGUAUGAAGAGAGCCUUUUUCGAUGCGAAGACGACAGGUUUGAACUCGACAUGUUGCUGGAGUCUGUCAAUGUGACUACUAAGCGUGUUGAAGAACUCCUUGAAAAGAUCAACAACAAUGUGAUCAAAACAGACUGUCCAAUCACAAUUGAGGACCACCUCACUGCUCUAAAUCUGAGGUGCAUCGAACGGUUAUAUGGUGACCAUGGGCUUGAUGUUAUGGAUGUGUUGAGGAAGAAUGCGCCUCUUGCUCUGCCGGUUAUUUUGACCCGAUUGAAGCAGAAACAGGAAGAAUGGGCACGGUGUCGUUACGACUUCAAUAAAGUUUGGGCUGAAAUAUAUGCUAAGAACUAUCAUAAGUCACUUGAUCAUCGUAGCUUCUACUUCAAGCAGCAAGACACAAAAAGUUUGAGCACUAAAGCCUUGUUGGCAGAGAUCAAAGAGAUCAGUGAGAAGAAGCGGAAGGAAGAUGAUGUGUUGCUUGCUAUUGCUGCUGGAAAUAGACGACCCAUAAUUCCAAAUUUGGAAUUUGAGUAUCCUGAUCCAGAGCUUCAUGAAGAUCUAUAUCAGCUAAUCAAAUAUUCCUGUGGAGAAGUUUGCUCAACAGAACAAUUAGAUAAGGUUAUGAAGGUAUGGACAACCUUCCUAGAGCCCAUGCUUGGUGUUCCUUCCCGACCUCAUGGUGCUGAGGACACUGAAGAUGUUAUUAAGGCAAAGACUCAUCCUACCAAGAGUGCUACUGUGGUGGAGAGCGAUGGAAGUCCUGGUGGGGGUGCCACUAUGAUGCACCCAAAACAAUUGAAUUCUUCUAGAAAUGGAGAUGAAAGUAUUCCACCUGAACAAUCUAGUUCUUGCAGGACUUGGCCUUUGAAUGGGGACAAUGGAGUCAAAGAAGAUAGUUUCCAUGAUGCAGAUCGUAUAGCACGGAAAGGAGAUCCUUUCUGCAGUAUUUCCCAACACGCUAAAAUUCAGGAUAAUGCACCAGUGACUGAUGAAUUGUCGGGAGUAAGUAAACAAGACAAUUCUACCGAAUGCUUUGUCAAUUCAAAUGUAUCCCUUGCAACUGCAGCUGAGCAAAGUAAUGGGAAAACUAAUGUAGAAAACACAUCAGGAUUGAGCACUACUCCUUCACGACUUGGAAAUGGUGCCGUUGAAAAUGGAGUUGAGUUACCUUCUUCAGAGGUUGGUGGUUCUACAAGACAGAUUCUAACUGCAAAUGGCACAGUGGCAGAUGGCACAAAAGGCCAUAGAUAUGCUGAAGAGUCUGUCAGACACUUGAAGAUAGAAAGGGAAGAGGGUGAAUUAUCUCCUAACGGAGAUUUCGAAGAAGAUAACUUUGCCAAUUACGACGGAGAGUUGAAAGCUUUGCCAAAAGUGAAGGAAGGUGUUGCUGGCAGGCAAUAUCCAAGCACCCGAGGAGAGGAAGAAUUAUGUUGCAGAGAGGCUGGUGGAGAAAAUGAUGCUGAUGCUGAUGAUGAAGGGGAGGAAAGUGCUCAAAGGUCAUCAGAGGAUAGCGAAAAUGCCUCUGAGAAUGGCGAUGUUUCUGCAAGUGAUUCCGGUGAUGGAGAGGAUUGUUCUCGUGAAGAUCAUGAUGAUGGAGAACAUGAUGAUAAUAAGGCUGAGAGUGAAGGUGAGGCAGAAGGGAUGGCCGAUGCCCAUGAUGUAGAAGGAGAUGGAACAUCUAUACCAUUCUCUGAACGCUUUCUAUUAACUGUAAAGCCUCUUGCCAAGCAUGUUCCUCCCUUGUUGCAUGAAGAUGGAAAGGAGUCUCAUGUAUUUUAUGGAAACGACUCUUUUUAUGUGCUUUUUAGGCUCCACCAAACACUGUAUGAAAGAAUACAAUCUGCAAAGAUUAACUCUUCAUCCUCAGAGAGGAAAUGGAGGGCCUCAAAUGAUACAACCCCCACGGAUCUUUAUGCCAGGUUCAUGAAUGCACUUUAUAGUCUACUGGACGGUUCCUCUGAUAACACGAAAUUUGAGGAUGAUUGCCGAGCCACUAUUGGAACCCAGUCAUAUGUUCUAUUCACAUUGGACAAACUAAUUUAUAAACUUGUCAAACAGCUUCAAACAGUUUCCUCUGAUGAGAUGGAUAACAAACUUCUCCAACUAUAUGCUUACGAAAAAUCAAGAAAAAUGGGAAGAUUUGUUGAUGCAGUUUAUCAUGAAAAUGCUCGUGUACUUCUUCAUGAUGAGAAUAUCUAUCGGAUAGAACGAUCAUCCACUCCUACUCAUCUUUCUAUUCAGCUUAUGGACUAUGGCUAUGAUAAGCCUGAAGUAACUGCUGUUUCCAUGGACCCCAUUUUCUCGUCUUAUCUGCACAAUGACUUCUUUUCAGUUCUCCCUGAGAAGAAGGUGAAGUCAGGGAUCUUCUUGAAGAGAAACAAACGUAAAUAUGCCUGUGGCGAUGAGAAUUCUGCCGCAUGCCAUGCUUUGGAAGGACUUAAAAUUGUUAAUGGUCUGGAGUGUAAAAUUGCUUGCAAUUCGUCAAAGGUUUCGUACGUUUUAGAUACGGAGGACUUUUUAUUUCGUAGAAAUAGCAAAAGGAAACGUUUGCAUGGAAAUAGCUCAUGCCACAAUCAGUCAAGGUCUUCUAGUGGCGAUUCAAGUAGGAGGGUACAGAAGUUCCACAAGCUACUUGAGAACUCAUGAUACACCAAACCAUCAAGUUGAGUUUGAAGUAAAUAUGUAACUUUUAACGGAGGCACUGGAAAACCUGAAAAAUGCAAAGUUUGGGGCAUAGUGAAGCGGGUAUUUUGCAUUACCUUUACUGUAUUCUUAUUUAUAUCUGAGCCUCACCAUGAAAAUAAGGCAUUGGGAGGAGAUAUAGCUCGAUGGUUAUUGCAUUUACUGAGUUAGUGGCUCACUGAGCCACGUUUCUGUAAAUAGGGUAAAUUUUUAUGAUGUAAAGACUCUACUUUGGGUAUACGAUCUCUCUUAUUUUUCCUGCUUCGCAAAUAGGAAAAUAUCUCUAAAGUUUCAAAUCCCUGACCUCUCUUAUGUUUUCUGCCCAUCCCCUGAAAACCAUUCUUUUUUCUUUUAUUUAUUGUAGUCAUUGUAGUUAGUUCUUGUACUUCCUUUUCAAUUAUAAGAGUACCAAAAUAAACCCAUAUCCUUUGUCUUCUUCC